ACAGACCAAAAUACUACUGACAUCAUGUUUGCUAAGAUUGUUGCCGUUCUGUGCUUCUUCGGUUUGGCUUAUGCCAACAUCGAGUAUGCGGGUCUCGGUUACGGGGCAGCCGGGUACGGUGCUCUCGGCUAUGGAGGGUACGGUGCAUACGGAGCUACCCCUCUCGUGUCCGCCGCAUCAUAUGGCUACAGCCCUGCAGCGGCUUAUGCCGGGUAUGGUGGAUACGGACUCAAUGGUUACGGAUACGGCCGAUUGGGCUGGUGAAUAACUAAUGUUGAAUGAUUUGGUGCUUCUGGUAAUAUUUGUAAUUUUUUUUCUUCUAAAAAUAGUUGUCCAUUUUCACCAUCA